AUGAAUCGAAACAUCCCAAUAGGGAAUAAAAUUUGUGCAACUAAAGAAAUAUUCUAGAACCAAAACAUUCUAAAUACUCAUCUAUCGACUAUGAGACCAUAAAUCAACACUAGCGCACCAAAACAAUAUGAGUUUCUAAAAAACAAAAAGAUUAAGGAAGCUAUCAAAUCACAAAAACAAUAAGAAAUAGACAGAGAAAAUUAUAACCUUAUAUCCAAAUUAAACAAUAUUAUGCAGUAACAAUCAAAUAACUCCAUCUCGAAUUUUGCAAUUAAGAAAUCCACUACUGUGAGUCUUGGUCCAAAAAAGUCGCUUAACAAAGAUCACAGAAAAAAAGAAUUGAUCAAGAUAGUCAUGGAGAACCAAUUACUCUUGAAAAGAAUUUAAGAUUAGAAAUCUUAAUAUAAUGUUAAAGAUUGGAAUCAAGAGAGAAGAUGGGUUGAAAAAUAAAUUUCUAAUAUUUGUGAAUAUCCCUAUAAGGAUUUCAAGCCAACUAAAACUUUAGUUCAAUAUUGGACAAACUCAAGAAUUAGCGAGUCUUCACUAUAAAAAAGAGAUAAUUUUAACAAUAAGAAAUUAGAUCCCUUGGAAAUUAAAAACUAAUAAACAAAAUCAAGAACUAGGCAAGACAACGACACAGAGACUAGAUAAAUCUUAACAAAUUAGGAAUAUCCUUAAAGAAGUCUCUUUGAUUCUGAUUUUCAACCUUAUGAACCCUAUCAAGAUAAAAUUAGUAAGAUUGUUCAGGAAAUCAUUGAAAAACCUUAGUAAUAAGAACAAGUGUAAAAGUAGGAAGACAUCGAAGAUGCAGAUGAUGAAGGUGAAAAAGAGCAACUAAAUAUACAGGGAGAUCAGGAUAAAGUGGGAUCUAAUGACAAUUAAAUGAAGGAGUAAGAAGGAAAUAAGAAUAAUGUAAGAGAAGAACAAUUACAGUAAUAAAAUGAAGUGGACAACUUAAUAGAUAAUUCAUAAGUAAACAAAGAGUAAUUGGAAGAAGGUUCGAAUCAGUCUCCUCAGUCUCCUCAGAAUAUCUAAACCAUUGAUUUUGAAUAACAAAAUUAAGUGACCAAAAAAAUAACCUAUGACACAGAUUGA